ACACCUGAAUAAAACCAACUUGAAGAACAAACCACGGGAGGCCUAUUGAACGCGGGAGGCUUAUCAAACGUACGGCCCCAGAUUUGGAGGCGUUGCCCGGCGCGGCAAUAAUAUAUAGGACUUAAUUACAGACACGCUCCAGUUCCCGAGUUCCAGCGAAAAUGACCAGCUGCCAGGAAAGCAACGCGACCUUUUCGGCCUCCGUCACCCUUAAUAGACGGUGCUCCGAGAAUGAGAAGGAGAACGAGAACGAGUACACCACGAUCAACUUCGCCGAACGCGUUUUGAGUGUCCUGGGCAACCUCUGCAUGAACGAGCUCUACUCGGACGUGUCGUUCGUGGUGGAGGGUCAGCGCCUGCCAGCCCACUGCUUCAUUCUGGCUGCGCGCUGUGAAUACUUCCGCGCCCUGCUCUACGGGCCCUUGGCCGAGUCAAAGGAACGCCCAAUACCGCUGCUGCAGGUGCCGUUGGAGGCAUUCAAGGUAAUCCUCGGCUAUCUUUAUUCGGGCAAGCUAACAAUCUCCAAGCUGAACCUGGAUGCCAGCGUCAAAGUGCUACGUCUGGCCAAUAUGUAUUGCUUAGUGGAAGUCGAGUCAGUCAUAACGAAACAUAUGAUUCAGAAUCUGAAGACCAGCAACGUUUUAAUGGUCCUGGAUGAAUCACGCCGAUACAAUCUGAACGAAUUGGCCAAAGAGUGCCUCAAGCUCGUGGACCGCAAUUCGUCCGAUUUGCUAAAACACUAUUCAUUCCGAGUGCUGUCGAAGGAAUCCCUUGAGGAAGUGCUGAGUCGGGACACCUUCGUUGCUCCCGAAGUGGAUAUCUUUGGAGCUGUGUGUAAAUGGAGUCUGCACAAUCCGGACGUGGACAUAAAUUCGGUCGUAUCGCUCGUGCGUCUCCCGCUCAUGACGGCCGAGCACCUGUUGCGUGUGGUGCGUCCCACUGGAAUCGUCGAGCCGGAAAAACUACUCGACGCGAUCGAUAGUGGGAUCGCCCCGGUGAAUCUGCCAUACCGUGCCAUAGCGUGUCCAGGGGUGGAUGUUACCGUCUCCGAAAAGCAUCCGCACCGGUUGAUAAUCAAAGGCAAUAAGAUGUCGAUCGAGCUGAGUUGCUGGUAUAAAAUCAACACACUUCAUAUUCUGGGUACAUACGAUUACACAGUUAACGCGCUAAGUUGCGCCGCGGAGGUCUCUUGCGACAGGAUUCACUGGAAACGAGUGGGAAAUAGCACAUUUCAAGUAUCGCAGACCUGGCAGAUCAUCCGUUUCCCCGCGCAGGCGGUUCGCUUCAUUCGGAUCGUGCACCCAGAGACUGGGCGCAAAAAUUUGAUAAACUAUGUUAUGCACCUCAAAGCCAUCCUAGAGGACACUGCGCCCGAAGACAGAGAUUGGCAGUGCUUGACAGUGGAGAAUCCAGAACAGCAAUAAAUACCUAGAAUAAACAAAAAACAAUUGAGAAAACAGCAGGAAAUACUCGACGCCAUCGAUGAAGGAGUGAGCCAGAAGUAUCUGACAGAUGAAAAUGAAGUCCCCAAACUUGCAAGUUGCGGAAGGAAGAUGUGAGCUCCGGUAUAAUUCAUGGUAUAAAACUCAAAUAAAUUAACUUCCCGCCGAUAUAUAUGGAGAUAAAUAUAUGUAAAAUUAUUUGCAUGUCAAUACAGUGGUGACCUUAGGGGUCAGUUCGCUGCCCUGAUGGCAAGCAAAAGAACUUUCUUUAUUUAUUUAUUAAAAUUCCUAUAUGAACAAAA